AUAAAAUAUGGCGAAAAAUUUGGGAGAAUCAUUUUCGUACGAAUUCAAUUAAAUUUUCGCAAUUCUCAAUGCUUUUUCAUUGCAGAAAGGUGCUAUAAAAAGAUAGUGAUGUAAAGAUGUGUGCGAAUUUGUUAUCUUGUUGAAAUGGCACUGGAAUUAGUCCUAAAAUCGCUUCUAAGCUCAACGAAGUUUGUAAAUUCAAGUGCUGAUGAAAAAGAUUGGGUUGCUAUUGCAAAGUUGAUUCCAGGUGCAACACCAAAACAGGUUUGUUGAAACAUAAUUAAUAGCAGUUUAGUUUACAUAUAUAUUCAUACAUGUACAUUUGAAAAUCUAGCUAACUGAAACUUGCAGGAUUCAGGAUUGAAAAUAAUAUGAUGAAAAUCAUACUUUAAAAUAAAUCAAUACCAAAUUUAACUGUCAAUUAAUCAAUUAAUCUAUUAGCCAAUUGUUGACUGGUAUUGCUGUAUCGAGCAUGCAAAACCCACUCGAAGGAAAUUUUAAACAGCCUAGACUGGAAUCUUGGCAAAUGGUACGGAGAAGAAAAAUUGACGAUAUUUUUGAGUGCUCAUAUAUAUAUUUAAAGAAGACCAAUAUUUCCACAGAUGACCAGUGAUUGGAAUUCAAACUAGCCUGCGAACAGGCUCUCAAGCUGAAUUGAGAGCCUGCAUCGAUGACUAAUGAAUUCGAAUAUCUGCGUCUCAAAUCGUGACGCGAAAUUCUCAUUGUUCAGAUGCUAUAAUUUAUAUGUUUCCGCUGAGCUCUAUAUAUGUCAACUGCUAAGCACUAUGCAUAAAAAACACAUUAACUGAUCAAAUUGGUCUUGGCCGUCUUAUAUCAAGGCACAAAAUGUUCUGUUUUGAGAAAACAGUAUUUAAAACAUUUGAACUUUUGCUUGAAUAUCUUAUAUUUCGAAAAACAGCAUAAAAUGUACGGUCUAAAUUUAGUUUGCACGAAAGUUGUAAACAACACCAUAUAAGGAUAGACAUUCCAUAUUUAGAAAAAUGAACGUUACGGGGCAGAUAUUCAAAUUCAUUAGUCAUCGAUGCAGGCUCUCAAUUCAGCUUGAGAGCCUGUUCGCAGGCUAAAUUCAAACUAAGGGGCCACGUCCAUAUUCGUGUUGCCACGCAUAACGUCGAAUGACGUUAUGGGUGGGUAUUUACGUCAACUCCUCGACGUUAUCUUGUGGCAAUUUGACUAUUUACUGUACAUCCGAACAGAUCGAAGUUUAGAUAUUUAAUGUUUUCAACUAACAGCCGUCAUGCAAAACAAAGGUUGAAGUAUUGAAGCGACGUUUUUUACGUGUCAAAUUCCUGUCAAUUUGUGUUCACAACUCGCAAUAUUUUUCUAUAAACUUCUCUUCUAUAAACUCUCUCAGUCAAUAACUUUGAAUUGAAGUCUCAGCAUUUUAAUGCAUUUUUGAGAUAAAUUGAUUGAUUAUAUACCAUAUUUCAGUUGCCAUUUUGAUUUUGAGCUCUUGCAGCAGUCAAAAUACGACAGGUUAAUGAUCGACGUUAUCUGAGGUGGGUGGGUGCUGGUGAUAACGUCAAUUCGACGUUAUGUGUGGCAACAUGAAUAUGGACAUGGCUCCUAACAAUAACCAUGUGCACGUCUUAAUUGUCACAUAUUUAUAUUUCGCACUUAUUACAGCACAGAUUGAUCGAGCCCCCCCCCAAAAAAAGAAUUUGAACAGCGCAUGGCACAGAGUAUAUUUUUAUGUUUUUGGCACAGAUGUGGAAGAAAUUCUCUGCACACUACAAAAUUUCUAGUCUGCGAAUUUGUUACACUGAAGAUUUGCAACUUGAAAAUUUGAAGGAAAUCUCAUGUAAAUUGGCCAUCUUUCUCUGAAUUUAAACCUGUGGCCAACUAUAGAAUAUUAUGUUUAAAAAUUAUUUUUUGAAAUUGUUUGACAUUGAAAGAUGGACAAUUUGUUGAUUUCAUUUUGUCCAUGUCUUAGAAAAUCAAUGUGUUUAACCCAAUUCUUGUACGUAUAAACUGUGGGUGUACAUAGGCGUACGGGACGGGAGAAAAUUAGGGGGGCAGAAAGAAAUUUGCCCGAAUUUUUCGGAUUGUGCCCGACAUGUGCUGAAAUUUUUUUUUCCGGAACAAUUAAUUUUUGCGACCUCCCCCCCCUCCCCCCCCCGUCACCAAAAAAAUUUCAGUCAGUGUACAAUUUUAGGGGUCCAAAAAUUUUUUCCGACAUACCAAAAUUUUUCGGAACAUCAAACAAAUUUUCCCGAAAAUCGCCAUAAUUUUCCGCAAAAUUUACACAAUUUGUCCCAUUUUAUUUUAUAAUAACCCAAUAUUGCCCGACUGUUAAGCGAAUAUUGCCAAACUGCCUUUGUUUGCCCAACAAACUGGGAUUAUUAUUAAGAGAGAUUUUAUUGCUUUUACUACUUUUUGCCGGACUUUUGCCCGACUUUUGUUGAACAUUUGCCUGAAUUUUCGACUUUGUAAUCUUUUUGGGGGGGCAACUGCCCCCUCUGCCGCCCCGUCCCGUACGCCUAUGUGGGUGUACAUAAAAAUUCUCUGAAAACAUUUCUGAAUGUGUGAUUUAUUAUGUUCUAUACAAUUAUACGUCAAAUCUUACAGUGUGCGAGAAAGUGGGAUGAACUCUGCCAUCAGAAUUUGCUAAUCAAACCUAGUCAUACACUAUCAAGUUCUACAAGAGCAAACAGUGAUCUAGACAGCAUUGUUGAUUUCUUACUGCACAAGAGAGAGUCGGACGAGAGUCAGGAUGAAGUACAUGUCAUUGAAGAGGAUGGAAACAAUGAGGAUUCUAACAAUCAAGUUGUUUAUUUGACAGAAAAAGCUUCUGAACAAGGCAAGUCUAACUUCUGUGGAUUCAUUCACUAUAUAGUAUAA